AUGACGAAAUUCAUUUUGCUCUUGAUUAUUAUGGUUGGUUUUGGGAUGGUUGCUGCUGAUCUGGAUGUUGCACUACAAUCAUUCUUAACUUCGCUCUCCGGAAAAAGUUCUGUUAGAGUCAAGAACAAUGCUGUCAAGGGCCUAUUCAGUUUGUACAAGGCAGAAUUAAAUCAUCGUCCAAAAUCGGAAUCUGAAGAAAAUCUUCGUUUAAACUCAUUCAAUGAAACACUGAACGCUAUUGUCUAUCAUCAUCAACAAGGCGAUGAAACAUAUAAUCUCAGUCUCAAUGAAUUUUCAGAUUGGACGCCGGAUGAACUGGCAGGGUUACGCGGUGUUCAAAUACCUGAAGAAUCCAUCAAAAAUACAAGCCUCAAAAAAGGUCAGCGUUUAUUGACGUGGAACGGGAAAGUAGCACAAGGUAGGGCAACUCCGCCGGCAUCCUUUGACUAUACCGAAAGAGUAGUCGCAGGAACAAGUGUACCAGUAGUUUUACCUAUUAAAAGUCAAGGGCAAUGUGGAUCAUGCUACGCAUUUGCUUUUAUCACUUUGCUCGAAUUUCUACAUUCUUUACAAGCAAAGAGUAAAACAGCUCUGAGUGAACAGCAGAUCGUUGACUGCUCAAGAAUGGAUAAUGGUUGUGAUGGGGGUUACUUUACUAAUACAUUCAAUUAUCUGAAGAGUAACACUUGGCAAGUAAAUAGUGAAACAUUUUAUACUUAUAAGGGCGUAGCCAGUCGAUGUGCAUUCAGGAGUGCAACAGGUGGUGGAACGCGAUUCGGAACUCUUGCCUACGCUCGAGUUUCAGUAAAUAAUGCUGUCGCUAUGCAACAAGCGCUGAUUGACUAUGGUCCUCUCUGGGUGUCGCUGUUUGUUGGCGACAAUACGGCAUCAGGCAGGCAGACCUCCUUGGCAUUUAACGCUUACAGAAGUGGUAUUUUUCAGGCAGCUGGAUGUCCGACAUCAGUAACGUCGACUAACCAUGCUGUUGUAAUUGUUGGAUACGGAGUUGAUACUGCAACAAACAUUCCAUAUUGGAAAGUGCGCAAUAGUUGGGGAACCAGCUGGGGUGAUAGUGGCUAUUUUCGAAUUCGACGCGGUGUCAACAUGUGUGGCAUUGAAUCCGGCCCAUUCUACAUUGGAAACGCAGGCUAA